AUGCUUCCCGUCUCUAUAGGGAACUUCUCCACUUCUCUUAUAAAGUUUUAUGCCCAUGCUUGCAAAAUCAACGGCCAAAUUCCAAAUGAAGUUGGGAACUUAAGAAGCUUAUUAAUCCUUGAUAUUUCUGGAAACAACUUGGUUGGAUCAAUUCCCACAUCAAUUGGCAACUUGAGAAAUCUUCAGGUCUUGAACUUGUAUGAAAACACUCUUACAGGACUUAUUGGAGAUAGUCUAUGUAAAUUGCAAAGAUUGGGUAACAUUUACUUUGGUCAAAAUCAACUUCCAGGAUCUCUUCCAAAUUGUUUAGGAAACGUUACUUCCCUUAGAGAGAUAUAUCUGGGUUCCAAUAAAUUGAGUUCCAAUAUACCAGCAAGCUUAGGGAAUCUUAAGGAUCUAGUGGUUCUUGACUUAUCGUCAAACAACAUGGGUGGCUCUUUGCCUGCAGAAAUUGGAAAUCUAAAGGUUGCGGUAUACAUGGAUCUGUCAAUGAAUCAAUUCUCAAAUGGAAUUCCUAGAGAAAUUGGAGGAUUACAAAAUUUGGAGAAACUUUCUUUGAGUCACAACAAGUUGCAAGGAUCUAUACCUGACUCUAUGAGCAACAUGAUAGGUUUGGAAUUUUUAGACGUUUCUCGUAACAAUAUAACGGGAAUCAUUCCCAAAACCCUGGAGAAACUUCAAAAUCUCAAGUAUUUCAAUGUUUCUAUCAACAAAUUGUAUGGUGAAAUACCCUCAGGAGGUCCUUUCAAGAACCUAUCGAGUCAGUUUUUCAUCUACAAUGAAGCAUUGUGUGGUUCUUCAAGAUUUAGUGUCCCGCCAUGCCCCACUUCAUCAAAGCAUAGAUCAAAUAGGAAAAAAUUGUUAGUUCUAUUUCUUAUGAUGGGAAUUGCACUUGUAUUUAUUCCUAUUGCCCUUAUGCUCGUAUGGAUAAGGUAUAGAGGAGGUAAAAGAGCACCUCAACAAGCUGAUUCAUUGUCUACCGCAACAAGAGGAAGAAUUUCAUACUAUGAAUUGCUCGAAGCAACUGAUGCGCUUAGUGAGAGUAAUUUGAUUGGUUCUGGGAGUUUUGGAGGUGUCUACAAAGGAAUUCUCAGAAAUGGGACUACUAUUGCAGUUAAAGUGUUCAAUCAGCAAUUGGAAGUGUCAUUCAAGUGUUUUGACACAGAAUGUAAAAUUUUGCGCAGCAUUCGCCAUAGGAAUCUAGUAAAAGUCAUCACUAGUUGUUCCAAUCUUGAUUUUAAGGCUUUGGUGCUCGAGCAUAUGCCUAAUGGGGUCUUGAGAAGUGUUUGUUUUCACACAACUACUUCUUAG